GCCAGGGGUAAGACGCAUCUAUUGAAAGCUUAAGUGGGAUGAGUAGCGAUCCAGAGGAUGUCAAGCGCCUAUACAAGGAGAUCAGCGAGAAGGAGUCUCAGGGUAUCCAGUUGCUCGUCAAUAACGCUGGCAUCGCACGUGACGACAACACCAAGUUCUCCACCGCUGGCGAGCCCAAGUGGAACGACGCACAGUCUGUCUCGGACCACUUCUUGAAGUCGCCCCCAGAGUCUUGGGCAGACACCUUCAAGACCAAUGUUGGCAGCAUUUUCUACAUGUCGAUGACCUUCUUGCCUCUUCUCGCUAAGGGCGGAAGCAAGACGCCUGGUUACACAUCGUCAGUUGUAAACGUCACAUCCAUCUCUGGUGCUAUGAAGGGUUCCAGCUCAGGACAAUUCGCGUACGCCAGCUCCAAGGCCUCCGCAACCCAUCUAUCCAAGAUGCUUGCGACAACAUUCAUUGGCACGGAGGUCCGCGUAAACGUUAUUGCGCCCGGUGUCUUUCCAUCUGAGAUAACCACUGGCUCGUCCGACGAGGACAACAAGAGUGUCAUCGAGGGUGGCAUGUCCAACCCUGCUGGCAGACCUGGUAAAGAUUCUGACAUGGCUGCGUCGAUUCUUAUGCUGGCUGGUCCAGGAGGUGUCUUCUACAACGAGCAGAUCUUAUAUCCUGAUGGUGGCAACACCCUCAGCCAGCCCAGCUCGAAGACCUGAAUAUCGGAUGAUGAACAAAAGGUCCCGUAGUAUCCGUAUAGCUCAGACGUAAUGGAUUACGACGAUGACACAGAAGGUUGCCUGGCAAUGAUCUGUGUCGAGUGCAUCUCAGACAUGACUACAUUCAGUGCUUCCCACAAUCACAGCAGCAGGGCAAACC